AUGCCCCACGAGGGAACCACACAAGAGGAGAGAUACACGUGGUUGGUGAACCCAGAGGAGCUGGGGGGGAACGAUGGCGAGUACUUCCUGGUCCUGAGGCCUGUCGUCGGCCCAGGGAUCAAGUCCAUCGACGCCACCGUAGACAUAUCUGUCUUCACCAGCAGCUGCAAGUUCUGGAACAAGACAAAGUUGGAAUGGAGUACCCGUGGUUGCCGGCUUGGAGCCGGCUCCACGUUGUCGCAGACUCAAUGUUUCUGCAACCACACCACGGACUUCGCCAGCUCGCUCUUCGUCAUGCCCAACACCAUCGACAUGUCGCGUGUGGCAGAGCUCUUCAGCUCCUUCGCCCAGAACCCCGUGGUGGUCUGCUUCGUGGGGUCUCUGUUCCUGGGCUACCUACUGGUGGUCACCUGGGCACGCCGGAAGGACCUCCAGGAUACGGUGAAGCUGAAGGUGACGGUUCUCGAGGACAACGACCCCCUGGAGGACUACCGCUACCUCCUGAGCGUCAGCACGGGACACCGGCGAGGAGCGGCCACCUCCUCUCAGGUGACCAUAACUAUGGAGGGCUCGGACGGAGACAGCGAGCCCCACCACCUGAGCGCCAGGGGGAAGCCGGUGUUUGAACGAGGUGGGGCGGAUCUGUUCUUGCUGACCACACCCUUCUCCCUGGGCCACCUGCAGAGCAUCAGGCUGUGGCACGACAACUCCGGCUCGGACCCGGGCUGGUACGUGAACAAGGUGGUGGUGAAGGACCUGCAGACAGAGCGGAAGUGGUAUUUCCUUUGUAACUGCUGGCUCGCUGAAGAUGUGGGAGAUUGCAUCCUAGAUAUGGUGUUCCCUGUUGCCACGGAGAUGGACUUAAAGGGAUUCAGUAAUCUGUUCUACAGCAAGACGUUCUCAGGCUUCAGCGACGGCCACCUCUGGUUCUCGGUGUUGAGCCGGCCCGCCAGCAGCCCGUUCACCCGCGUGCAGAGGGUCUCCUGCUGCUUCUCCCUGCUGAUGUGCACCAUGCUCACCAGCAUCUUGUUCUACGGGGUACCCCAGGACCCUUCGGAGCAGGUCAUGGAUAUAGGUACCAUUGAGUUCACCUGGCAGCAGUUCAUGAUUGGGAUGCAGAGUUCCCUCAUGGUGUUUCCUGUCAACAUUGUCAUCGUCAGCAUCUUCCGCUACACUUGCCCCAGGGAGAGAAAGAUGAGCCUCAAACAGCCUAAGGCCAAACCGGACACCCGGGGCCCCAAGUCAACACUAACACAGGACCACUACACCUCACGGCCUCAACCGGCUGAAGCCUGUGAUCGCAAAUUGGAGGCUGCUGUCAAGGGCAUCAAAAAGACAGCAUGUUCGUUAUCCAAGACCCUGAAGAGCAGUUCCCCUGUGUCCGAGGAGGAGCUUGAGUCGGCAGGGAGAGAGGAUGUCAAUGCCGUACUCUCUGUGGUGGAGGCCAUCGUCCGAGAGCAUUUGGAAAAGGGUGCAGACAGGAAUGGCACCAAAGACUCUCAGCACCUUGAAAUAGAUCCGCCCAUACAAGCGGGCGGCAGCGGCGAUGGCGUACCACCACAGACCAUUACCAACGAGAGCGCGCAGAUCCACCGGGCUAAGACCCUGCACCUGCACAGACAGAUAGGCUACAUGGAGCAGAGGCUAGGGCAGCUGGACCCGUCCCACUACCCCGAGCAGAACGCCCACCGUCGGGCCCUGGAGCACAUCCACACCAUUAAAGAACUCCUACGAGACCAGAUGGCCAAGGUCCAGGACGGAAAACUGGACAAGUUGACCCAGAGGCCCGACCCCCUCCGCCCCGAGGUGGGGAAGGGGAAGGGGAAGAGGAGCUGCUGCGGGGGCCGCCGAGGAGGUGGUCUCCCGUGGUGGUUUGUGUUCCUGGGCUGGCUCCUGGUGCUGGCCACCAGCGUGGUGGCGGGCUUCUUCACCAUGCUGUACGGCCUGAAGUUCGGCAAGCAGCUAUCCAUCAGCUGGCUCAUCUCCAUGGCCGUGUCCUUCUUCGAGAGCCUCCUCGUCAUCCAGCCGCUCAAGGUGCUGGGGCUUGCCAUCUUCUUUGCACUCGUAUUUAAGAAGUUGGACGAGGAAGACCACAAAAACGUGCAGUUUCACAAACCAACCAAUUCAGGUACAUUUCCAUCAAUACAUAGUGGAAUAAUAAAUUAGGACAGCCAGCUCUACCGGCCCCCUCCCCCGGUGGACAUGGAGCAGAUGAGGAGGAACCGAGUCAAGGAGCAGAAAGCUUUCGCUCUCAUCAAGGAGAUCCUCACCUACGUGGGCUUCAUGUGGAUGUUGCUGCUGGUGGCGUACAGUCAGAGAGACCCCAACGCGUUCUACCUCAGUAAGCACAUCCGCAGGAGCUUCAGCAAAGACACCUCUAGCAGCAUGAACUACAGCAAGGUCUUCUCCUGGGCCAGUGGAACCCUCCUCAACAACCUCUUCGGACGCCACUCUGGCUUCAUCACCGACGGCAACUCCAAGCUGGUGGGCUCCGCUCGGAUCCGGCAGGUGCGUGUCAGCCAGAGCGCCUGCCACGCGGCGCGCCCCAUGGACCGGCUGGUGGGGGACUGCCACGCUCCGUACUCCUGGGACGCGGAGGCCAUGGGCUCCUACCACCCCGGCUGGAGGGAGAGGGCGGCGGGGGACAACGCGACUGACGGCCAGGCCACUGCCUGGACAUACCAGAACCAGGAGCAACUCCGGAGCAACACUAUCUGGGGAAAAUCUGCCUUUUAUCGGGCAGGGGGCUUCGCGGCGGACCUUGGACCAGACCGAAUCAAUGCCAGCAGGGUUCUUGAGUACCUGUACAGCAACACCUGGAUGGACACGUACACAAGGGCGGUGUUCGUGGAGUUUACCGUGUACAACGCCAACGUGAACCUCUUCUGCAUCGUCACUCUAAUCCUGGAGACCACAGCGAUAGGGGUGUUUGAGUUCCGCAGUGAUCUGCAGAACCUCCGCCUGUACCAAUCCCCCGGGGGCCUUCAGUUCUUCAUCAUGACCAUUGAAGUCUUCUACUUCCUGUUCAUCUUCUACUACAUGUACCUACAGGGUAAGAGGAUGAAGGCGCAGAGAGGAGCGUACUUCCGGUGCAAGUGGAACCUGCUGGAGCUCUGUAUCAUCCUGCUGAGCUGGGCCGCCCUCUCCAUGUUCAUCUUCAGGACGCUGGUGGGGAACCGCGACAUGGACUACUACCACCACCACAAGCAGCUCUUCGCCAACUUCCACGAGACAGCCACGGCGGACGCGGCCCUGGGCUACCUGAUAGCCUUCGUGGUGCUGCUGGCCACCAUCAAGCUGUGGCACCUGCUGCGUCUCAACCCCAAGCUGCACAUGAUCGCGGCCACGCUGCACCGCGCCUGGGGCGACAUCUCCGGCUUCCUGAUCGUCAUGACCAUCAUGAUCGUCGCCUACUCCGUCUGCGGCAACCUGUUGUUUGGCUGGCAGCUUUCCUCUUAUAUGACUCUGUGGGACAGCGUGUCAACCUUGAUCAGUUUGCAGCUGGGCAUCUUUAACUACAAAGAGGUGUUGGACCACAGUCCCUGUCUGGGCUCUCUGUUCAUCGGGACCUCUACCGUGUUCAUGACCUACAUGGUCCUGAACCUCUUCAUCUCAGUCAUCCUGAUGGCCUUCAGCUAUGAGAGAGAGCAUCACAAGCCAUCCGAGGAGGAGGAGAUUGUGGACCUGAUGGUGCUAAAGCUAUUCAGUCUGCUGGGUAUCAGAUCUUCAGGAUCCCCGGUGGGGCCAACACAGGACCACCCAGUGGGGCCACCACAGGACCACCCAGUGGGGCCACCACAGGACCACCCAGUGGGGCCAACAAAGCCCCCGACUCUCAACCCCACAAGUGACAAACACCGCCAAAGACCAGUGCCUCAGUUAGCUCAUCCAAGACAGAGAUAGAAAUGUAUUCAUUUAUAUUCAUAUAUCCAUUUUACUAAUAUUAAUGAGAAAUAAAG